AUGGUCGAGGAUUCGGAAAACAAACAACAUACUCCAUUACCUUUUCCAGACCCACCACAAUACCCCUUAUCAUCAGUUCAAAAUCUUACACAAAAAGAGGAAAACGGCAGUAUAGUCAAUAAAUGUAAGAAUAUUCUGUCAUCACUCUUUGAGAAAACAAACUACCCCGAUAAUAAUGACACUGACGAGGAAGAUGAUAAAAUAAGACAACUUUUUCCCGAUGAAAAUCAUGACGAUUCGUACUCAAGAAGAAAAAUUGAUGGCGAGAGCCAAUUGCAAUACUUGAAUGUAAAUGAUUCUUCAAGUAGUUCAAAUACCUUUCUCACGGGGAACGACCAAGAGAUAACUAAUUUCCUUCAUUUUCCCGAACCUAAGUCUUUACCGAUAAGAAUGUCUGUUAAUGAAGAUAUUAACGAAUCAUAUCUUGACCGGAUCAAACAUUUAGAAGUAAGUAAAACAAAGAUACCUUACUCUGAACCUCAUUCAAAAGUGCCAGGUUUAUUUGAAACAUUCUCUCUCACAACAUUACAGUUCAAAGCAGUAUCAUUAUCAACUUUAAAGAAAAGGUUAGAAAAUAUUUAUACUAAAAGGAAAGAUUUAUGUAAAGCAAACAAAAGAUUUUUAAACACUUUAAGUCAUUGGAGUUCCAGUAAUUUAGCUAUUGAUACUGAUUCAAUGACUUUAAUAAAAGAGAUAGACGAACUAUUCAGACAAGAUUUACUCUUUGAACACAAAAUAAAGGAAAAAUUAAAUAAUUUGACGACAUCGUUAGAAUUUGUUUGUAAGAGGGAAAAUGAAUUAAUCAUCCAAAAAAAGACUCUAAUAACAGAUAUGAAAAAAUAUGAGAAAAUGAGAGACAAGAAAGGGGACUUUAAUCAAGAAACCCAAUUUUUAUUAGAAAAGGUAAUAACGUCACGAAGAUUUUUCGAUUCUAUAAAAGUUCAUUUCCAAAAUGCAGUCUCUGUUACGACAAGGCAAUUAUUCAAAGAGCUUGCAAUUGAAUAUUACGAGUGCUGUUCAGAUUUAAAACAGCAUUCCGGUGCGUUUAUUGAGAAUUCACUUGUAACUUUAGAACGCCUUAAUUCUGAAGAACUGAUGCAAACAUUGGAAGACCUUAGAAGAAGACGUGCUCAUUGGGUUUGGCAGAAAUUACCAGAAGAACAGAAAAAGAAUCCAAGAAACUUAGAAAAUAUGAGGAAUGGAAUUUAUGACUGUAACGAUUCUUUGCUAAAGAAUAUAUACAAAAAGUUACCAGAGAUUUAUACCCCGGUUCCUGUUGCUUCACCUGAAGAACCUCAUUUAAAUUUUUUAAACGGUUACGAAGAAACCAAUUCUUUUAUAUCUAAAGAAAAAAAUAUUGGUAUCAUUGAGGCUACUUCUCCACGAAAAGAAUCAGGUACUACUAUACCUAAGAAUGUAGAAAAUAAACCGUCAAAUAAUGCAUAUUCUCCCUCAGAUAAGAGUUCCUCUUUUACGAAAAGACAACUUAGAUCAAAGGAUACAAAAAUAAGUGUCCUUCAACCAAGACCAAUGACAGAAAACGAUAUAAAUAAAAUGCGCCAAGGCGAUGAUUUGCCGACAAGCGAAUUUGUCCAGAUAUUUAAGGCCCAUAAAGAAGAGUUGAAUAAAGAUCCGUGGCGUACAUAG